GUUUGUUUGUGUGAAGAUUUCUUAUCUGGGAUCUCUCUCUUUCUUUCUCUCUCUAAAGGAAGAAAAGGGAAAAAACUCUCUCUCCAAAAACUAUUCUUUGAGAGAGAAAGAGAGUGGCCCAGCAGAUCGAAAUCUCCUCCUUUUCUUCAAUCUGCUGCUUUGGUCUUAGUGGUGAGAGUCUGGGACUAUGAAUUUUACAUGAUGUGGAGUUUUUGUUGAAUGAUUCAAUCCAUGCGGGGUUCUUGAGGAGAGAGGUGAUAAGAGGAUGUGGGUCUGAGGAAUGGGAACAAAAGUGCAGUGUAAAGGUUAUCUACCAGGAUAUUACACAAUGAGGGAUCUUAACGAGAAUUCUAACAGUUGUAGCUGGUCCCUGUAUUAUGGGGAUAAAACCUCGGUAAAUGGGCAGUAUUAUAAUGAUUUCUUGCCGAGGGCUGCCACAGAUUCAUAUCCUGGUUAUGAUAAGGAUGCAGUGAAGCAUAUGAUGCUUGAGCAUGAGGCGAUAUUCAAAAAUCAGGUGUUUGAACUUCACCGCCUUUAUAGAAUACAGAGGGAUUUGAUGGGUGAAUUUAAGACGAAAGAAUUACAUAAAAACCGGAUGCCCAUUGAGUCAUCAUUGUCAUCAAGUCCCUUAGCAUCUCAAAUUACAUCUGAAGAUGCUCGGAAAUGGCAUAUCCCCAGCUUCCCUCUGGCAAACUCUGUUUGUGCUAGACCAUCUGUUUCAGGUGUUGAGGACAUUCAUUCUACUUUGAGUUCUAUAAAAGGAAACAGCGCACAAGGUGGUCCUUUUUUAUCCCAAAAUGGGGGUAAUUCAAAGGAUUUAGAGGUGCUGGACUCCAGACCGUCAAAGGUCAGGAGGAAAACGUUUGAUCUUCAACUUCCAGCUGAUGAAUACAUUGAUACUGAAGAAGGGGAUCAGUUAAGCAAAGAAAGAGUAUCUGGCAUGUCAAGUUAUCAUUCUAAUAGAAAUCAUAAUGUUGGUCCUGAGAAUGGUGUAAAGCUGUUUCCUAUUGAUGGUGGGAAGAGUGGAUUUCAAGGAGAGGCUUUGACAUCUGAUUCGUGUUUAGAGAGCAGAAAUGGUUUGGCGGACUUGAAUGAGCCUAUUCAGAUAGAAGAAACAAAUGCUUCUGUAUAUGUUGAUAUUCUGGCCCGUGGUGCCUGUCACCUUGAGGUUCAAGGCCCUGAUCUGUCUGCUAAACCAAACUCUCAGUUUCUAGGUUUGCAAAAGGGAAUUUCGCUCAACUCCCACAAUGGAACUGAUAAUGGGACUUGGAACAAUCGGCACUUAGAGAACAAUGGAAAUGGAAAAGGGUGGUUUUCCCAUGUGCUUGAAUCAGGGCACAGUAAAAGCAACUUGAACUCUGCUUCUCAAGGUUUCCAACCAGAAAUAUCUUCCCAGCCAAUGCAAGUUUUGCUUAACAAAGCUCAUGAAUCUUCUGCUUACCAUCUAACUGAUCAAAGCAAGAUAGGAUUGUGGAAUGAAAGAACAGUUUGUCCUUUGGAAAUGUCUGACAGAGGUCAUGAAAUCUCCAGUAAUAAGCAUCUGGGGUCAAGUGUGGCCUCCCAUGUACCUAGUCCAUAUACUAUUGCCCCUUCCUCUGAUUUCGCCAGGUCUUGGUCUCACUCAGUUUCAUCUUGGGAAAGGCAAAGUAGUAGCUUAAGCCAGAAGUCAAUAUCAGUUAAAAAACAACCAUAUUUGAACUCAUCUGCUAACUUGAGUAAGAGUUCUCAGUCAUCAGUGCAGAGCAAUGUAGUUUUUGGAGAUUCUUGGCAUCUUAAGAGCAAUCCUAGAUGUGACCCAGCUUUUGGAAGUGAAGUGCCUAACAGAAAUGGAUUUUACCAUGGGUCAUCAUCGGGGUCCAAGGAACUACCAGUUCAUCUCCCUUCAAUCAGCUAUGAUUAUUUGAACAGCAGUAAUGAUCACCACAGAGCUCCUGACCUCUUCUUCAAUAAUGGUAUGAUGAAGUACUAUAAGGGUUCAGAUUGCAUGGACAUGAAAUCUGUAAAAGAUGAGAACGUGAAUGUGGUGCUUUCAAACAGUUCAUCCAAUAAAGUAGCUCCCCAGCAAGGUUUUGAGAUGAUAGAUGGAGGACAGAAGCAUGAAGAGCAUCUUGCGGUCUUGCCAUGGCUCAGACCUAAGCCUGCUUCUAAGAAUCAGGCAUCCAAUGCAGGGAGAAUUUCAACUGCAGAGGAGCCGAGUUUCUUGCAAUUUUCACCUAAACAGUUAUCCAACAAAAUUGAAACGGAGAAGGGAGCUAAUGAAAUUUUUACCCAGAAUUUGAAAUCGGAUUCAUGUUCUAAUGAUGUUGAGGUCAAGAGGAGUGAAGCAGGAGCCCACCCGAGUAAUAGAAAAAUUCUUGGGUUUCCCAUCUUUGAAAAGUCUCAUAUUUCCAAGAACGAGUCUUCUUCUUUCACCUCCCCUUCUGUGUCCCUUCCUCUCCCAUCUGAAGGUGAAGUUGUGGAGAAUAACAGGAAAACCAGAGUCCUUGAUAUAAACUUGCCUUGUGAACCUGCAGUUACUGACUUGGGCAAUCAGAUAACGGCAGAGAUUCUGGUUAAAGAUAAGAAAACAGAUACAAAUGUUUCCAUUUUCAGACAUAACAUUGAUCUGAAUUCCAGUAUAGGUGACGACGAAACAUCCUUGUUACCUUCUAUUCCAAGCACUAAUGUGAAGAUUACAGCAGGGAUAGAUUUAGAAGCCCCUGUAGUUGUUGAGACCGAGGAGGAUGUAAUUCCUGGAGAAGCUGCAGAAAAGCAGCAUGUGGCUCUUCUGCAAUCACUACAGCAUAAAGCUGAGCACCCAGAGGAUGAAGUUAUGAUGGUAGCAGCGGAGGCAAUAGUUGCCAUCUCAUCAUCAGGUCUCCACAAUCAGUUUGAUGAUACCACUUGCAAUCCAUCAGAGGCUUCUGUGGACCGCCUUAAUUGGUUUGUGGAGAUAGUUUCCUCAUGUGGAGAUGAUAUUGAGAACAAUUCCGACGUUGUUUUGAGAGUAAAAAAUAGUGAGGAUAAUGAAGAAGAAGGGAGUGAUUACUUUGAGCUCAUGACAUUAAAACUAAUAGAGACAAAGGAAGAAGAUUAUAUGCCUAAACCUCUGGUUCCAGAAAACUUAAGGCUGGUGGAAACUGCAGCCACUUUAUUACCAAAUCGGGCCCGGAAGGGCCAGGCAAGAAGAGGCAGGCAGCGAAGAGACUUCCAAAGAGACAUCCUUCCAGGCCUUGCUUCUCUUUCAAGGCAUGAGGUAACAGAGGAUCUUCAGACAUUUGGGGGGCUGAUGCGAGCAACAGGUCAUUUGUGGCAUUCAGGAUUGACAAGGAGGAGUUCUACUAGAAAUGGUUGUGGAAGGGGAAGGCGGCGGUCAGUGGCUAGCUCCUCCCCCACUGUGCCAAUGAGCUCAGCUUGCACUCCGCUGAUACAGCAGCUUAAUAACGUUGAAGUGGGACUGGAGGAUAGAAGCCUAACAGGGUGGGGGAAGACAACUAGAAGACCCCGCCGGCAGAGAUACCCUGCAGACGAGGAAAUUCUGCUGUACAAGGAGCACUAGUAGAAAUCAUGAUCGACCCGAGUGAAAGAAUCUCAAUAAAUGUCAAAUCCACAAGAACUCUUUCGUCAAAGAAGAAGUUAUUUCUUUUGCAUCUGUUUUGGAGAAAUCUCUCAUGACUCGUGAAAAAUGGGGGUUUCCACAUGGAACAAUGAUGCCUGUAUUGAGGAACCAAAAUUGAUGGCCAACCAACAUUCACGCGAGUGAAAUAAUUGUGCGGGGAGAGUAAUUUAGAGUGUGGUGACCCAGUCAGCUAGAUUUAUGUGAAAUGCAUCGAGUUCUUCCACUUUCCUGAUAAAUGAUUCGCUCCAUAUUGAAGAAAUUCUUUUCCACCAACAUAAUGAGAAAUGGGACAUUGAAUGAAAAACAA